ACACGUCAUCAACACUCGCCCGAGCGCCUUCCUCCAACGCGGGGACGGAAGAAAACAAACCGAUCGCGAACUGGAAGGAAAGAACAACGCGUACUGGGGGAACUGGUUUUUUAAACGUGCGCGCGGACCCAUUGUGUUGUGACCGUGGUUUGACGGAGCCGAACACCCGCAGGAGACGCGGCUAACGAGAACAGCUGGGUACUUAAGCUAACACUCGCCGAGCAGCAGAAGCUAACAGCAGCCAGGGUCAGUUGGCGCCUUUUGCACGAAGAGGAUAUUGAAAAGUCCCAGCGAUCAACAACAUGGACGUUAGCACACGCGACCCGCCCAGCGCCGAGCCACACGACACCGCAGGAAAGGACAGCCCCAGCUCUGAGGACUUUGUACCUCUUGCCCAACCCCUGAAAAGCCGUAACACUUCUGAUCACUCCUCCUCCGACGAUGAGCCGCUCAUCAAGAAGAAAACAAACCUGGCUGCUAAAAAACCUGUGAUAAAAGAAAACACAUCCAGAUCCAAAAGCACAACAAAUAAUGCAGAUCUGGACCCAAACGACAGCUCUGACAACGAGCCUCUCAUUAAAAUCGCCAAAACUGAGAAGAAGCCUUUCUCAGUGUCUCCUAAAAAAUCUGUUGAUACAGAGAAGAAAGCUUCUGAUCACUCCUCAGAUGACGAGCCGCUGAUGAAGAUGAAAACAAAGAAACCAGGGAAAAAAGAAAACACAUCUUCCAGAUCUAAUGGCACAAAAAAGAAUGCAGCGUCUGAUCACUCCUCAGACGACGAGCAGCUGAUCAAGAUGAAAACAAAGUUUGCAUCUGCUAAGAAAUCAGGGAAAAAGGAAAACGCAUCAUCCAGAUCUAAUGACCCAAACAGCAACAAUACAGACGACGGCUCUGACAAUGAGCCUGUGAAUAAAAUCGCCAAAGUGUCUUCGAAAGCUGCAAAGAAGCCUCCGAAAAGAUCUGUUAAAACAAAGGAAAAAGAAGCAGCAUCCGCGGACGAUGGUAGUUUGGAUGAUGAGCCUCUGACUGAAACUGCCAAGAAACUUAAAUCCAGACGUCAGCCAAAAAGAUCGUCUAGAAAAGAAAGCCCGGUCAUGAAAUCCCAAAGGAUGGCAGCGAGGAAAAUAGUUAAAUAUGCAGAGUCAUCCAGCAACAGCUCAGAGGAUGAACCACUGGCAGCAAUAACAAGGAAGAGGACAAAGGCUGCACCAGCAAACGACAAGAAAACUAAAUCAAAACAGACAGACAAAUCACCAAAAGACUCUUCAUCCUCAGACAGCAGCUCGGACGAUGAUGACGAGCCCUUGGCGAACCUUAAAGCCAAUAAGAAGAAAAACACAAAGAGGACAUCUGCACCGCGAGGUGCUGCCUCCAAAAAGAGACGAGAACUGACGAAUGAAAGCUCAGACGAUGAACCCUUGAUAAGCCUUGUGAAAAAGAACCACACAGACGAAGAGAGCAAAACAGAAUCUAAGACUCAGAGGAACACAACGCCAAGAAAGAUGAGUGUGUCAGGGUCAUCAAGUGACGGUUCUGAUGACGACCCCUUAAUCACAGCAGCUAAACACCCUCAGGUGACCAAACUCCUGAAAAUAAUACUGGAGAGGUGUGACGGUGACGCCGCCGGACCAACGGGAAGCUUGAACCAAACCACAACAGCAGAAACAGUGGCCGCUGAAGGGAGUCCUUCAAAGGAAGAAUCAGAGGGUUCAAAGGAAUCAUCAGGAGAAGAAUAAGCAGAAGAAGAUGUUACAUUGUGUAAGAAAAGGCUCAUUGUCACCUUUCAGUUUCUGGACUGGGAAGUUGGAACCACUUAGUUUGAGGAAUUUACCAAAAGGUUCUUAAUCCCAAAAUUAAUCCCCUAAACAUCACAGUUAAUGUUUAUACAGUAUGAAGUUAGUGUUUAUACAGUAUGAAGUUGAUGUAUGUUUUAUAUAUGAAUAUAUACAUGUUUAUUUAAGUAAUUUUACUCCAGUUUUUAGGUUUGGGACCAGGUUCCUGAAAGAUGAAAUGCACAGUCUUUAAUGGUGUUUUACUAUUUCUGCCUUUUUAUUUGCAUUGGCUGUUUCCUCUGGUUUUAACACUUGUUGAUGUUCGGUAUAUUUUUUGCUUUCAUAUUAUGUGUAGACUCGGCAUGAGGCGGUGGAAAUCUGUUACGAUGGAUUAAACUGCUCCGAUUAA